AUGGCGGAAUACGAGGCUUGUAUCUUUGAUAUUGAAGUUGCGAUUGAUCUUAGGAUCAAAAUUCUUGAGGUUUAUGGAGACUUAGUCUUGGCUAUUAGCCAAGUCAGAGGAGAUUGGGAGGCUCGAGGUCACAAGUUAAUCCCUUACAAGGAGCAUGUCUUAAAAUUGUUCUCGUACUUUGACGAGAUUACAUUCCAUCACAUCCCUAGAGAGGAAAAUCAAUUAGCCAAUCCCUUGGCAACUCUAUCAUCCAUGUUUAAGGUCAAAUGGAAGAAUGAAGCACCAUCUUUUCAUCUUGACUACUUGGACAAGCUUGCUUACUGUUUGGCGACCGAAGACAAAGUUGAUGGCCACCCUUGGUUCUACGACAUCCUGAAAUUCCUAGAAAGCCAAGAGUAUCCUGAGAGCGCAUAUAUCGCCGAUAAGAAGUAUCAUCGGAAACUAUCAUCCAAGUUCUUCUUAAGUGAAGGGUAUUGUACAAGAGUAAUUAUGAUUCGGUUUUGCUUAGAUGCGUAG